AUGUUUACCAGGAGCCCUGUCCUCAACCAAUCCGACCCCACUGAGUUUGUGUUUCGUGUCUUCACCACCGUCCCGGAAUGCCAGGCCCUCCUCUUCCUCCUCUUCCUCCUCCUCUACGGGAUGAUCCUUUGCGGCAACUCAGCCAUCGUCUGGGUGGUGUGCACACACAGCGUCCUCCACACCCCAAUGUAUUUCUUCCUGUCCAAUCUGUCUUUCCUGGAAAUCUGUUACACCUCUGUUGUGGUGCCUUUGAUGCUUUCCAACAUUUGGGGGGCCCAGAAGCCCAUACCUUUGGCUGGUUGUGGAGCCCAAAUGUUCUUUUUUGUCACCCUUGGCAGCACGGACUGUUUUCUCUUGGCAAUCAUGGCCUAUGAUCGCUAUGUGGCCAUCUGCCACCCACUGCACUACACGCUCAUCAUGACCCAGAAACUGUGCAUCCAAACGGUGGUGUGUGCCGUGGGCCUGGCCCUCUUCCUCUCCCUGCAGCUGACCUCCUUAAUCUUCACCCUGCCUUUCUGCGGGCACCGCCAGGAAAUCAACCACUUCUUGUGUGAUGUGCCGCCGGUGCUGCGGCUGGCCUGCGCUGACAUCCGCGUGCACCAGGCCGUCCUCUAUGUCGUGGGCAUCCUCGUGCUGACCGUCCCCUUCAUCCUUAUUUCUGUCUCCUAUGUGUUCAUCACCUCCGCCAUCCUGCGCAUCCGUUCUGCGGAGGGCCGCCGCCGGGCCUUCUCCACCUGCUCCUCCCACCUCACCAUGGUCUUGCUGCAGUAUGGUUGUUGCAGCCUGGUCUACCUGCGCCCGCGGUCCAGCACCUCAGAGGAUGAGGACCGCCAAAUCGCCCUGGUCUACACCUUUGUCACCCCCUUACUCAACCCCCUUAUUUACACUCUGCGGAACAAGGAUGUCAAAGGCGCUCUGAGAAAUGCCAUCAUCAGUAAAGCAGCAUCCAACACCAACUGA